AUGUCAGGACAGAUGCAGAUCUCCAUCUCAGAGGACCAUGAUGAGUCAUAUCCUCCUGAAGCUGUAUCAUAUCCUCCUGAAUCUGUACAAGUGCGAAAUACCUUCAUCCAUGUAUCGAGCCCCAGCACGCCGGAGGAUAGCAACAGACCUAUUCUUUCAUGUCCAGCCAGCCACAUUGGAUGGAUCCAGCGCUUGUUUGAGGAGGAUGAUGAGGAGCCCCGGAACUUGCAAGGAGGUGUGAAGCCGGUGAUUUGCUUGGAGGAUGCUCUCUUUGAAGCAGCUGGCACACCAGAGCCGUUUAGCCAUGGCAACCUGGGCCAGGGACCUGGCCAGGGGCACCAGGGACACCAGGGACACCAGGGACAGCAGGGACAGCAGGGACACAGCUCGCAUCCUUUGUCCACUGUGCCUGUGGACUUCGAGGAAUGGCAGUCGGUGCGUGGGUCUUAUUACUCGGACUACUCCAGGGACUACAGGGACUACUCAAGGGACUACCCAAGGGACUACCCGAGGGACUACUCGCGAGACUACGCCGAAUUCAGCGACUUCUACCCUUCACAGAGAGGGCCUGGGGCCGGGGCCGGGGCCGGGGUGUCGGGUUCUGUGGGCUCCUGCCCCGUCUCCGUGGGCUCCGUAGGGUCCGGGCUCGGCCUGGGGACGUCGCCAGUGCGGCCAUCGGGGCAAGCGCCGGUCCCUGUCGCAGGUGCGGGGCCUAUGGGGCCUGGGCCAGUCGGCCCCGUCGGGCCCGUCGGGCCCGUCGGGCCCGUCGGGCCGGUCGGCUCCAGAUCGAGCCCAGUGCCGCCGGUGCCUGUCAGCGAUGCGCCCAUGGUGCUUUCCAGCCCACCAUCUGUGCCAGCGCCUUUUGAGCCAGCACCUGGCUCCAUGGAAAUGCCCAGCAUCGGUUCCAAAGGUCACUAUGUGGGAGACUGCAGACCUUGUGCCUUUUUGCAUGCGAAAGGUUGCCACAACGGUGCCAUGUGCCUCUUCUGCCACUUGUGCGACCGCGGUGAGAAGAAGAGGCGCCAGAAGGCCAAGAAGGCGUCCUUCAGAGGAGGUGCGUGA